AAAAUAUAUUGGUGAAUGACAUAUUUAUUUGACAUUUUUAUAGGUCGUUUAAUUGGGCAUUAUUAUAAUGAUAAAGGUCAAGCAACAGAGGCAUUGAAACAGUUUAACAAAAAACUACAAGAGGCAAAGAGAGCAAAGUUGUCAGAAGAAGAUGACAGGAAAAUAUUCCCACCUUGUAACUUUGAAUAUAAACAAGGGUGGGGUAGAAGGACAUGGUGUUCAACAUUGAGUGGAGGAGUUAAUAGAGACUGGGCAGGUGUACCUAGACGUUAUUUUCAACCUGGUAAAACAGAACCACGUUGUGCAUGUGUGAAGGACUUUGGGCCACCAUCAGGAUCUGAUAACAAUGUUAAACAUAAUAAUAGAGGGGACUUGGACAAUCCACUUAUGAAAACAUAUGAUGAUUGUGAUGAAAACUCCUUUGAGUGUUUCUUCAAAGAGUGAUUAUAUAGCUUUAUGCACCAGUCAGUUGUAAUCCAGGCUCCUGUCCUGCCCGUCAACCCCUUGGGGGAUGGCAGGGACUUUAACUUUUUCAUGACCAACCCUACUGUGCGAGUGGGGGGAAUGUGGGUGGGGUUGGUGAUGGUAAAAUACCCAUUUAAAUGUUAAACCUUUUGUGUCAUAACAAAACCACCAAAUUGACCCCAUAUUUCUCAGGGUGGCUGCAGGAUUACACUAGACUGGUGUAAUACAGAAAGGUUCAUGUAUUAUGGAAAUGGCUUGAGAUAUUUGGCAAUGCUGGUGCUAUGAUUUUAAAUUUGGCAUUGCUUUAUUUCUAAGAAGUGGGCAGGGAAUUUAUUUUUAUUUUUCUGAAGAAGUCUGAGAUUGUUUAAUCAAGAAAUCACUUUAAUUAAAGCAGUGAAAUACCCAGAAUUGUGUCUUCCAUCUUUAGAUAUAUUUGUAUUCAUGUUAUGAUUUUAUUUAAAUUCUUUGUUAUGUGUGAAAUGAAUCUAUAUAGUUAUUGUAAUUAGGAGAUCUUUCUUAAAUGAAUUUUAAAAGUACAUGUAUCUAAAUUAUCAACAAAAUGUUUCUCAGGUGUGCAUGAUACAGAUACAUGUACAAGGUGUCCAUGAUUCAAUUUUCACAUGUUGACAAAAAUUGACAUGGUGGUGGGAAAAUACGUAGAAGUAGGAACUACAACUUUUGAUGAACAAAUUAUGGCAGACUUGUUUAAGUAUAAUCUGAAAGGACUUUGAUUAAAGUGUUAAAGUUAGAAUAGGAAUAUUUGCUUUUAUCAUAUUUCUAUGCUCAUGAACAAGAUUUGUUUAUAAUUGCACAAUUUAUUUAUCUCUUGGGAUGCAUACAGUAAAGAAUUCUUGCUCACUGGUAUGCCACCAGUAUAGAGCCAGGUUCUACACUGUUGGUUUCUUAACCCAUUACCUGCUGAAUUUAUGAAUGCUUUGAAUUUUAACUUUGACCAGUCCAUUAAAGGUUUAAGGAUCAUCCCGGAUGUCAGUAUUAAAACACAAAAAAAUGAGCUAUCAACAGUAAAACCGGGUCAGAUGACCUUGCUGUAUACUGGUGGCAAUGGCAAGUCACUGUAGGUUCCAGCUGGAAAAAGAUUAUUUUUUGCCAUUUUGAAUGAACAGGUCCAAGUUCAAAGCAAGACAUGUUCAUAAAUUAAAAAUACAUACAUGUUAAGAGAUGAAGAAUGUUCUUAAGCUCAUAUCUAAGACAUUUCUUAAUGUAAUAAAUUCAGAUUUUUUUGUUGAUUUGCUCUCAUGUUCGCUGUUAGGUUUUCUCAGGUAUAUAAAGGAUAGUUUGGCUUUCUCAGCUUAUGUUUCAGCCAAUCAAAAUGGUGAUUCAUGGAAUCCAUUGUUUACUUGUUUAUGGUCACAGAAAUAGAUGCUUAUUUUUUCACUAGA